UUUUUACUGAAAAAAAGUCGUAGAAACACAUGGUGGCGCUGUAGGAUAAGAUGAAAUUAGCGCAUGGACAACACUGUGGGCUUCGUCAUUGAGGGGAACAGAGACCAAUCCAAGCCACUGAAAAGAGAAAUAGUAAAGGAGCUUCAUCUACUAAAGCUGCUGGAGGGCUAUAUACCCUCCAGGGGGGGUUCUUAUUUUUUAAAAAUUGAGCUUCAGUUUCCAAAAUUAGGGCUGAAAAUUUUUUCUGCAAAAGAGGCUGCUGGAAGGAACCAUGGAGAUCAAAGGGGAGCUAGCUCUGCGGAAAAGGCAAGUCCUGAUUUUCUUUGUUUUGCUGGGAUUAUCUCAGGCAGGUCCUGAAUCUGUGCGAUAUUUUGUGGCAGAGGAAACAGAAGUUGGUUCUUUUGUGGCCAAUCUUGCAAGGGAUCUAGGGCUUGGGGUGGAGGAGCUAUCAUCACGGGAGGCCCGGGUAGUGUCGGAUGAUAACAAAAAGCACUUACAACUUGAUUUACUGACGGGGGAUUUGCUCCUAAAUGAGAAACUGGACCGAGAAGAGCUCUGUGGCUCCACCGAGCCCUGUGUGCUGCAUUUUCAGAUGGUAUUAGAAAACCCUUUACAGUUUUUUCGGGCUGAACUGCAUGUCAAAGACAUAAAUGAUCAUUCCCCUAUGUUUCUAGACAAGCAAAUACUUAUUAAAAUAUCAGAAAGUACCAGUAUUGGAGCCACAUUCCUAAUGGAGAGUGCCCAAGAUUUGGAUGUAGGAACCAACAGUCUCCAAAACUACACAAUUAGCCUCAAUUCUCAUUUCUACAUUAAAAUCCGAGACAACGGUGAUGGAAAGUUGUACCCAGAACUGGUCCUGGACAGAGCAUUAGAUCAUGAGGAGGAGUCUGAGCUCACAUUAACACUCACAGCACUGGAUGGUGGAUCUCCACCCAGGUCUGGGACGACUUUGGUUCUCAUCAAGGUCUUGGACAUCAAUGACAAUGCCCCUCAGUUUGCUCAGAGGCUCUAUGAAGUGCAUGUUCUGGAGGACACACCUGUUGGGGCCUGGAUUAUCACCAUUUUUGCUAAUGAUUUGGAUGCAGGAAAUUAUGGGAAAAUAUCAUACACAUUUUUGCAUGCAUCAGAAGAUAUUCGUAAAACAUUUGAAAUCAAUCCAGUAUCGGGGGAAGUUCAUUUGAGAUCAUGCCUGGAUUUUGAAGUAAUACAGUUCUACACUAUAAAUAUUCAGGCAACAGAUGGUGGGGGUCUUUCCGAAGAAUGUACUCUGCUGGUUAAAGUAAUAGAUAUAAAUGAUAAUCCACCAGAAGUCACCAUCUCAUCAUUUACAAAGUCAAUUCCAGAGAACGCCUCAGAGACUCUGGUUGCUCUUUUUAGUGUCCGAGACCAAGACGCUGGGGAUAAUGGGAGGAUGGUUUGCUCUAUUCAGGAUGAGCUCCCCUUUUUCCUGAAACCAACCUUCAAGAACUUUUUCACUCUAGUUUCGGAAAAAGCAUUGGACAGAGAGACAAGAGCCGAGUACAACAUCACCAUCACCGUCACCGACCUGGGGACCCCCAGGCUGAAAACCCAGCACAACAUAACGGUGACGGUCUCCGACGUCAACGACAACGCCCCGGCCUUCAGCCAAGCCGCCUACACCCUGCGGGUGCGCGAGAACAACAGCCCCGCCCUGCACAUCGGCAGCGUGAGCGCCACGGACAGAGACUCGGGCGCCAACGCGCAGGUCACCUACUCGCUGCUGCCGCCCCAGGACCCGCAGCUGCCGCUGGCCUCGCUGGUGUCCAUCAACGCGGACAACGGGCAGCUGUUCGCGCUCAGGUCCCUGGAUUUCGAGGCGCUGCGGGCGUUCGAGUUCCGCGUGGGCGCGGCCGACCGCGGCUCGCCGGCGCUCAGCAGCCAGGCGCUGGUGCGCGUGCUGGUGGUGGACGACAACGACAACUCGCCCUUCGUGCUGUACCCGCUGCAGAACGGCUCCGCGCCCUGCACCGAGCUGGUGCCCAGGGCGGCCGAGGCGGGCUACCUGGUGACCAAGGUGGUGGCGGUGGACGGCGACUCGGGCCAGAACGCCUGGCUGUCGUACCAGCUGCUCAAGGCCACGGAGCCCGGGCUGUUCGGCGUGUGGGCGCACAGCGGCGAGGUGCGCACGGCCAGGCUGCUGAGCGAGCGCGACGCCGUCAAGCACAGGCUGGUGGUGCUGGUCAAGGACAAUGGCGAGCCGCCGCUGUCGGCCAGCGUCACGCUGCACGUGCUGCUGGUGGACGGCUUCUCGCAGCCCUACCUGCCGCUCCCGGACGCGGCGGCGGCCGAGGCCCGCGCCGACCCGCUCACCGUCUACCUGGUGGUCGCCUUGGCGUCGGUGUCGUCGCUCUUCCUGUUCUCGGUGCUGGUGUUCGUGGCGGUGCGGCUGUGCAGGAGGAGCCGGGCGGCGUCGGGGGGCGGCUGCUCGGUGCCCGAGGGCCCCUUUCCGGGCCACCUGGUGGACGUCAGCGGCGCAGGGACCCUGUCCCACAGCUACCAGUACGAGGUGUGUCUGAGGGGAGACUCGGGGACCGGUGAGUUCAAGUUCUUGAAGCCCAUUAUCCCCAGCCUUCCAGUCCCUGACACUGGUAGAAAUAUAGGAGUAAAUGAGAACUUUAGGAAUAGUUUUGGAUUCAACAUUCAAUAA